AUGAUGGAUGAUAAUUCUGUUUCUAAAUAUAUUUCAAAAGAAGUUUUAGCCUAUGAACCCACAGAAGAAGAGAUUAAAUUUUAUCAUAAGCAUAACCAUAAAAGUAUAAGAUAUAUUUUUUGCGGAAAAGAAUUAGAUGAUUUUGAAAAACAGAAAAUAAAAGAAUUAAAAGAUUAUGUUAAUAAUUUAAAAUUAAAAGAAAGAGAAAAAGAAAAAGAUGAAAAAUCAAAAAAUACAAUAUUAGAAACAUACGAAUCACUUUUUAAGGAUACCAUAUUUUUUGACGAUAAUUAUGUGCUUAGAUUUUUACAAGGAAAUGAAUUUAUUUAUGAAAAGUGUUAUAAUGAUAUGUUAAGACAUAUAAAAUGGAGACAAGAAAAUCUUCCAAUACAUUUAGGAGAAAUUAAGGAAUUUUUAAAUAAAGGGUAUUGCUAUAUUCAUGGAAGAGAUAAACAGAUGCACCCAAUAAUAAUUAUAAAUUGCAAAAAUAUAAUAUCAGCAAAUACAAAAGACGUUUUAAGAGUUCUCUAUUACUGGCUUGAAUUUUGUAUAUCUAAAUUAUUAAUUGAAGGUAAAAUUGAACAAUGGAGAGUUAUAAUUGAUUUAACCUCUUGUGGUGUUUUAAAUAUUCCUAUAUCUACUUUAAAAGAUAUUUCUAGAAAUUUAAGUUGUAAUUAUAGAUCUAGACUAUCGAAAAUGUUAGUUUUAAGUGCCCCUUUAGUUGUAACUGGUAUUUGGCAUAUGCUUAAAUCUAUUAUUCCUGUUGUUACACAACAAAAAAUAACUAUAACAUCUUCAGAAACAGAAAAAAAAUUGCUAGAUCAAGUUCAAUUAGAUCAAUUAGAAAAAAAAUUUGGAGGAAUUUGUAACAAUGCAACUAAAUUUGAUGAGCCUAUUUUACCAUAA